UUUGUAAUGUUUUAGGUUGCUGGUUGUAGAGGGCUGUAAUGAGGACAUUAACCCAAAUGUGGCAUUUUCCCCUGACAGAUAGCUGUGAGGAGCCUCUGCUGUCAGCCCUGCCUCCUUCAUCCUUCAGCAGUUCCUCAGAGCUGUCCAGCAGCCAUAGCCCUGGGUUUGCAAGGCUCAACCGCCGAGAUGGAGCAGGGGGCUGGACUCCACUUGUGUCAAACAAGUACCAGUGGCUGCAGAUUGACCUUGGAGAGAGGAUGGAGGUCACAGCUGUGGCCACACAGGGCGGGUACGGCAGCUCUGACUGGGUGACCAGCUACCUGCUGAUGUUCAGUGACAGCGGCAGGAACUGGAAGCAGUAUCGGCAGGAGGAGAGCAUCUCGGGCUUCCAGGGGAACGUGAACGCGGACAGCGUGGUGCUCUACAGGCUUCGGCCGCCCUUGGAGACGCGGCACCUGCGCUUUCUACCGGUGGCCUGGAACCGCGAUGGCCGCAUCGGGAUGCGAGUGGAGCUGUACGGCUGCGCCUACCGAUCGGAGGUGAUUAAUUUUGAUGGAAACAAUUCCCUAAUCUACAGAUUUACACAAAGUGCCAUGGGUCCAGUAAAAGAUGUCAUUUCUCUGAAAUUUAAAACAACACAAAGCAAUGGGAUUCUAUUCCACAGUGAGGGAAGGAGUGGGAAUCACAUCACCCUGGAAUUAGUCAAAGGGAAACUCUUUUUACUCAUCAGCUCAGGUGGAGCUGAGCCUACACACCUACCUGCCCCCAUCCACACCGCACUGGGCAGCCUCCUGGAUGACCAGCACUGGCACUCCAUCCUUCUGGAGCACUCCGGCCCACGGGUGAACCUCACGGUGGACAGGCACAUGGAGCACUUCCAGGCAUCAGGGGACCUGGAUCUCCAUCACGAGAUCAGCUUUGGAGGGAUUUUAGCACCUGGAAAAUCAGCAACAUUUCAAAGUAAAAACUUCCAUGGAUGCUUAGAAAAUAUUCAUUUUAAUGGAGAAGAUAUCGUUGAUUUGGCCAAGCGGCACAGUCCACAGGUCUUCAUUAUGGGUAACGUAUCGUUCUCCUGCUCACAACCGCAGACCAUGCCACUGACGUUCCUGAGCCCUAGGAGCUCCUUGGCACUCAUGGGAUCCCCGGGGGAAGAUGGGGUCACUGUCAGUUUCCAGUUUCGAACAUGGAACAGAGCUGGACGUCUGCUGUCUAGCCAGCUUCAUCAGGGCUCAGGGAACCUUCUGCUCAUUCUCAGCGAUGGAAGCCUCAGACUGAGCCUGCACAGGUCUCUGGAACAAAGACAGAGCAACAUCACAGCAGGUGCUGGGCUGAAUGAUGGGCAGUGGCAUUCCGUCUCCUUCACAGCCAAGAGGAAUCGCCUGAGUUUGAAAGUGGACAACAACAUGGCCUCCACUGCUCACAUGGUGGUUCCCAUGGAUAUUUAUUCUGGAGAGACCUAUUACUUUGGAGGGUGCCACCCUCUCACCUCUGGGUCUGAGUGUGCACAGGCCCUUGCCGGGUUCCAGGGGUGUCUGAGAGAAAUCUCCAUCAAUGCCCAAGAGGUGGACCUGAUUGCAGUGCAGCGGGGAUCACUGGGGAACUUUAGCGACCUCCAGGUAGACACCUGCAGCAUCCUGGACAGGUGUUUGCCCAACUACUGCGAGCAUGGUGGCAAGUGCUCCCAGACCUGGAACACCUUCUACUGCAACUGCAGCGGCACCGGCUACACAGGCGCCACAUGCCACCACUCGCUCUAUGAGCAGUCGUGUGAAGCCUACAAGCACAGGGGCUACUCCUCAGGUUUCUACCACAUCGACCCCGAUGGCAGCGGUCCCCUGGAGCCGUUCCUGGUGUUUUGUAACAUAACUGAUGCCCCGUGGACUGUCCUGCAUCACAACAGCUCCUCCCUCACAAGGGUCAAGGGCGCCAGUCCCACCCGCCCACACUCUGCAGACUUCCAGUACCAGGCUGGCGCAGGGCAGCUGCUGGCCACAGUGAUGCGCGCUGGGCACUGCCAGCAGGAGCUUGCCUAUCACUGCAGGAGGUCGCGGCUCCGGGAAGGGCCAGGUGGAGCCCCACUGAGCUGGUGGGUUGGAAGAACCAAUGAGACACACACUUACUGGGGAGGUUCUUUGCCUGAUGCUCAAAAAUGUACUUGUGGAUUGGAGGGGAACUGCCUUGAUUCUCAGUAUGUCUGCAACUGCGAUGCUGACCAGGAUGAAUGGAUGAACGACACAGGGCUGUUCUCCCACAAGGAACACCUGCCGUUGAUGCGGAUUGUGAUCACAGAUGCAGGCCGGCCUGGCUCUGAGGUGGUGUACCGACUGGGGCCACUGCUCUGCCAGGGGGACAGAUCAUUCUGGAACUCAGCAUCCUUCCACACAGAGUCCUCCUACCUUCACUUUCCUACUUUCCAUGGAGAGCUCAGUGCCGACGUGUCUUUCUUUUUCAAGACAACAGCCUCGUCGGGGGUGUUUUUGGAGAAUCUGGGUAUCACUGACUUCAUCAGCCUGGAGCUGCGCUCCCCCACAGAGGUGGCCUUCUCCUUUGAUGUGGGGAAUGGACCGUGUGAGGUUACGGUGAGGGCCUUCGGGCCCCUCAAUGACAACCGGUGGCACCUCAUCCAUGCUGAGAGGAACACGAAGGAGGCGUCGCUGCAGGUGGACCUGCUCCCACGGGUGGAGCAGUCUGCCCCCACUGACGGGCAUGUGCUGCUACAACUCAACAGCCAGCUCUUCGUGGGCGGCACGGCCACCAGGCAGAGAGGCUUCCUGGGCUGCAUCCGGUCACUGCAGCUCAACGGGCAGGUGCUGGACCUCGAGGAAAGGGCCAAGGUCACACCAGGUGUGGAGCCUGGCUGCCCAGGGCACUGUAGCACCUAUGGACACCUGUGCCACAAUGGCGGGCACUGCCAAGAGAGGCCCCGUGGGUUCUCCUGCGACUGCGAGCUCUCAGCAUUCACUGGACCCUUCUGCUCCGACGAGAUUUCUGCCUAUUUUGGAACUGGCUCCUCAGUGACUUACAAUUUUCAAGAAUAUUAUUCCUUAAGUGCAAACUCCAGCUCCUAUGCUGCCUCAUUCCACGGGGACAUGACCUUAGCCAGAGAGAUGAUCAGCUUCAGCUUCCAAACAGUGCAAACCCCAAGCUUACUGCUGUAUGUGGACUCCUUCUACAAGGAAUACAUGUCAGUCAUCCUUGCCAAAAAUGGGAGUUUGCAGAUUCGGUAUAAGCUAGAUAUACAUCAAGAUCCUGAUGUUUUUAACUUUAAUUUCAAAAACAUGGCUGAUGGCCGCCUUCACCACGUGAAGAUCAACAGAGAAGAGGGAGUGGUCUUUGUGGAGGUGAACCAGAAAACAAGGAGACAAACGAGCCUGUCCUCGGGCACAGAGCUCCACGCUGUCAAGUCCCUGGUGUUGGGCAGGAUUUUAGAGCCUGGCAGCCACCUGGACCCAGAGACGGCGCGGGCUGGCGCCGAGGGCUUCGAAGGCUGCCUGUCGGCGCUGCAGUUCGAGCGCGCGGCCCCGCUGAAGGCGGUGCUGAGCCCGGGCCGACCCGCGCGCACCGCGGUGCGGGGGCCGGUGGCUGCGUCGAGCUGCGGAGCCGGGGACAGCGCGGCGCGGGAGCGCACGCACGCGCGAGCAGAUCACUCAGGACCAGUGGGCGAAGGGGAGCCCAUCGCGGACGCAGCCAGGAGGGACUCGGCGGUGAUCGGAGGUGUGAUCGCUGUGGUCAUCUUUGUCUUGCUUUGUAUCGCUGCCAUCACCACCCGCCUGUACCAGCAAAAAAACUUGUACAAGAGCAAGGGGGCAAAACGGCCAGAAGAGGAGGGCAGAGCUGAGGCCGUGCUCAGAUGUGACCUCCACUUGCAGAAUGCAGCCAGCGGGAGUCAGAAGGAGUACUUCUUCUGA